AUGGUAAUGGCAGCGACAGAGGAGAGCCCGAGAAGCCCAGAGGCGAAGGUGGGGAUGCAAGUGGAAGAUUUAUGGGACGUUCAAGAGCCGCAGCUCAGUCCCACUGAGAAGCUUAAUGCUUGUUUUGAGGGCAUCCCUGUUUCCGCCUUCCCUCCCGCUCCUCUUGAUCAAGUAAUUGAGAUAAAAUCGGACAGCAGUCUAGCUGAAGCUGUUGAAAUUCUGGCUCAACAUAAGAUCCUCAGCGCGCCUGUGGUGGACGUCGAUGCACCUGAUCAUGCAAGUUGGAUUGAUAGAUACAUUGGUAUUGUUGAGUUUGCUGGAAUUGCGGUUUGGAUUCUUCAUCAGUCCGAACCUCCGUCCCCGAGGAGUCCUAGUGACGGAAGUGCUAUGGCUGCAGCAACAAAUGGGGUGAUAUCUCCUUUGGAACUCCAGGUACUGGGCCCGGAAUCAGCUGUGGCGACCUCGGGGAGCUUUUUCGAAUCCUUAACUUCCUCUGAAUUGUACAAGAACACGCAGGUGCGAGACAUCUCGGGAUCGUUCCGUUGGGCCCCAUUUCUUGCUUUGCAGAAAUCGAAUUCCUUCUUGACAAUGCUCUUGUUGCUUUCAAAGUACAAAAUGAAGAGCAUACCCGUAGUAGACUUGGGGGAGGGGAAGAUUGAUAACAUUAUCACACAAUCAGCUGUUAUUCACAUGUUAGCAGAAUGUGCAGGGCUUCAAUGGUUUGAAAGUUGGGGAACAAAGACGCUUUCCGAGCUCGGUCUUCCCAUGAUGUCACCGGCUUCUAUUGUCAAGGUGUACGAGGACGAGCCCGUGCUACAGGCGUUUAAAGUUAUGAGGAAGAAGCGGAUUGGAGGUGUACCUGUUAUUGAACGGGGUGGAAACAGGGCAGUAGGCAAUAUAAGUUUAAGAGAUAUUCAUUUUUUGCUCACUGCACCAGAAAUCUACCAUGAUUACAGAUCGAUAACAGCGAGAAACUUUCUGACUGCGGUUAAAAGCUACUUAGAGAAGCAUGCAGAGUUCUCUCCAAUGCUGAGCAGCAUGAUUACGUGCAAGAAGGAUCACAAAAUAAAGGAACUGAUCUUGCUGCUCGACUCGAAGAAGAUCCAUCGGGUGUACGUAGUCAACAACGACGGUGAUCUGGAAGGAGUUAUCACUCUAAGAGACAUCAUCUCAAGGUUAGUCCACGAACCCCGCGGUUACUUUGGCGAUUUCUUUGACGGUGUUCUGCCAUUGCCUCAAAACAGUCGAGUUUGAACGUGAAAUGCUAUCAUCAAGCAUGAUGUUCUGGUCAAUUUUACUUAGGAUUAACUUCUUUUGUGCCUCUUCAUUUAGUUUUUACCUUCGGUGCGUUCUUUGUCCUCGAUCUCCGAUGGUUUAUCGGACGGAUUGAACAUGCAGAUUGUAAUAUAGGCAACUUACCUGUAAUUAGUUAUCGUCUGGCCUUGGCACAUUUUCUGUAAAUUUUUGGUUGGCCUUAAUCUCCAAGCAACUUGCUCUUUCAUACA